GGGGAUGUGUUAAACUUCUGGUGAUUUUAUUGUUGAAUAUUCGGCAGAAACGAUAAACUUGUGUGCUAACUUCUUAAUUUGAAAAAGUGCUGUUAAAGAUUCAGUUUUUAAGUGUUGCAAGUUCUUUGAUCUUAAAAAAGUUCCCUCAACGUCUUAGAGAAAAGUUUACAAAGAAAAAUCGCAAAAAUGGUUGUUGCUAUGAAAGUUUUCAAGAAAACCACCCCAAAUGGGAAGAUGACCGUUUAUUUGGGGAAACGUGACUUCAUUGAUCAUUUGGAUUAUUGCGAUCCAAUUGAUGGGGUUGUAGUCAUUGAGAAUGACUACCUCCGUGGUAGGAAGAUUUUCGGCCAGCUCACCGCAACGUACCGCUAUGGACGGGAGGAGGAUGAAGUGAUGGGGGUGAAGUUCUCCAAGGAGAUGGUUCUGGGCAAGGAACAAAUUGUCCCAUUGAUUAAUCAAAAAAUGGAGAUGACUCCAAUGCAGGAGCGCCUGGUUAAGAAACUCGGCUCCAACGCCUUCCCAUUCACUUUCCAAUUCCCCCAAAAUUCCCCCUGCUCCGUCACCCUGCAAGCCGGUGAGGAGGACCAAGGCAAGCCCUUGGGUGUGGAGUACACUAUUCGCACCUACGUUGGGGACAAUGAGGACGAGAAGGGUCACAAGAGGAAUCAAGUGAGUCUCGUGAUAAAGAAACUCCAGUACGCCCCACCAACACGAGGACGUCGUCUGCCCAGCUCCCUCGUCAGCAAGGGCUUCACCUUCUCCCAGGGAAAAAUAAAUCUCGAAGUCACCCUAGACCGGGAAAUCUACUACCACGGAGAGAAAAUUGCAGCGAACGUUGUGAUCACCAACAAUUCCCGCAAAGCCGUUAAAAAUAUCAAAGUCUUUGUGGUGCAACACUGCGAGGUGACCAUGGUCAAUGCGCAGUUCAGUAAGCACGUUGCUUCGCUGGAGACACGCGAGGGUUGCCCCAUUACACCUGGUGCAAGCCUCACUAAGACCUUCUACCUCGUUCCCGUUGCAUCCUGCAACAAAGAUCGCCGUGGAAUUGCUCUCGAUGGACACCUCAAGGAUGAAGAUGUGAAUCUCGCAUCGUCAACACUCAUCUCCGAUGGGAAGAGCCCAUCGGACGCCAUGGGCAUUGUUAUAUCCUACUCUGUGAGGGUUAAAGUCAGUGCUGGUACCCUUGGUGGGGAACUCGUAACGGAUGUGCCACUUAAACUUCUUAAUCCAGCACCAGGAACAAUUGAGAAGGAGCGUGUAAAUGCCAUGAAGAAGAUGAAAUCCAUUGAGCGACAUCGCUAUGAAAACUCCCACUACGCCGAUGAUGACGACAACAUCGUCUUUGAGGACUUUGCACGCCUCCGUAUGAAUGAACCCGAAUAAACCGUCAAAGCAAUGGAAAUCAAAUGGACAUGCAAAUAAAGACGUAAAAUCUCCAGAAGAACAAACAAACGAACGAACUUCAUUUUGCAAAAUGGAGUAAAAUAUGCAAAAAAAAAACUUUAAAAUGCUGCAACCUUCCUCCUGAAUCUCCAUUUUGAUUUCUUUUCGCAAAAACAUAAACCUCCCAUGUGCUCACAAAUAAAGUGUUUUUUGGGUUGAA